AUGCUUUGCAUUGUUCAAAACCCUGAUGGUACAAAAUGCAUUGAGUGGAGACCUAAUGACUUGAUCACUAUUGAUUCCGACACUCAAGACCAGGAAUGGGCUGUGGUCAAUACAAUUGCUCGUCGUCAACGAACCUUAAGCGGCAACAUGACAUCGGAUUAUGCAACAGCCCGUGCUCGUAUUAUCAAAAUACCUUUAGAUGACCUCGAAAACUUCCGGAUAUCUCGUAACAACCAGCAAAUGAUAUUCACCACAAAACACGUUUGGCAGAUGACAUUAUACUUCCAGCAUGGGAAUGCCGAAAUAUUUUUAGCUAAUCUCAAGAGUCACAUAAAAACUGCAAAAUCACGGCACGAUAAGAAAUUAUAUAUUGUUGUAGAGUCUAAUACAGAGACUCAGGUGUUAAACAAAUCAUUUGCAGAAUUGGAUAUAUUUACUGAGAACCCAACUGAUGUAGUGUGGGGUUUCGUGUCUAAUUUGAGGCAAAGACCUUACGAAACUACAAUGGAGGCAUUUUCAAAGCUCACUGAUAUUGUAUACAAUGGCAAUGAAGCAAUGAACGACAAGAGGGAUAUGUCAGAGGAGGUAGCAGACUUGCUGACAAAGAGUAUGAGUGCGAUGGAAGAUGCUACUACAACAACAAAGAGUGAUGAGUAUGAAGUUAUCAGUGUGAAACCCACACUCCCUCCGCGUCCUUGCAUUCCCAGAGGCACUCCAUUAUCCACUGAGAAGUGGGAAGGUUUACAGGACACUGAAGGAAGGGUCGCAGAGGUUGAUGGGGUAAAACAACUUAUAUUUAGAGGGGGUGUAGCACAUUCUAUAAGACAUGCAGUAUGGAAGUAUCUAUUAGAUUACUAUCCAUGGAGCAUGAGUCAUUCGGAAAUUAAAAACCUACAGCGACGGAAGACAGAAGAAUACUUUUCGAUGAAGUUGCAAUGGAGAUCAAUGACAGAAGGCCAAGAAUUGAGAUUUUCUGAGUACAGAGACCGGAAGAGCCUGGUUGAAAAGGAUGUUAAUAGAACAGAUAGGACCCAUCCGUUUUAUGCAGGAGACAAUAACCCCAACUUAGUCGUCCUACAGGAUAUUCUGAUGACCUAUGUAAUGUACAAUUUUGAUUUAGGAUAUGUACAAGGAAUGAGUGACAUAUUGGCUCCAAUAUUGUUGUUGCUAGGCAACGAAGUGGACAGUUUUUGGUGCUUUGUUGGUUUCAUGGACAAAAUUGCACCAAACUUCGACAUGGACCAAGCCGGCAUGAAACAACAACUGUUGCAUUUGCAACAACUCCUCACGUUCGCUAGUCCCGAACUAGCUCAUCACCUGGCGCAGAAAGAUUCCGGCAAUAUGUACUUCUGUUUCCGAUGGCUGCUUGUUUGGUUCAAACGAGAGUUCUCUCACAGAGAUAUUAUGAGGCUAUGGGAAGUGCUAUGGACAGGGUUGCCAUGUGCUAACUUCCAUUUAUUGAUAUGUGUCGCAAUACUCGACGCCGAGAAGGAUAUUAUUAUUAGUAAUAACUAUGGUUUUACUGAAAUUUUAAAACAUGUAAAUGAAUUAUCAAUGAGACUGGACGUCGACAAAAUACUCAGCACAGCGGAAGGAAUAUACCAUCAGAUAGUAUCAGCUCCGCAUUUAACAGAUCAGAUCCGCGUGAUAAUAGGCCUACCUACGGUCGGAAUCACUACGCAGACUGAAGCUGAUGACGACUCCGGCGAUGAAUCUCCAACGCGGCAACAAGGCGAAGGGGCUUCGCAUUCCCGAAGCGAAUCGACUUCGCAUUUAAGAAGCGAAGCGGUGACAGUGAAUGGUAAUGGCAAAGAAAAUAACGAUCAGCGCGUACUCUUCACCCCGGAGAUGGACGAAGUUAUGUAUCAGAUAGGGCUUGAUAUGAAUUUCUGA